AUGGCUGGAGACAACGUUGGGUUUGGGCUCAUGAAGUUCUUGGCUCUCCUCGCGGCCGCCGUCACGGUGCUGGCCAGCCCGCUACAGAUGGAGAGGCGGCAGUCGGACCUGGUCGCCAUCACAGACAAGCUGCUAUACUCGACCUCGCUGCCCGACUUUGUCGCCCGGCGCAACGCUCGAGACCCGCCGAGCCUCGACUGGACAUCGGACGGCUGCACCUCGUCGCCCGACAACCCGCUCGGGUUCCCCUUUACGCCUGCUUGCAAUCGUCACGACUUUGGCUACCAGAACUACAGGAUCCAGAGUCGAUUCACGCAGAGUAACAAGUUCAACAUUGAUAACAACUUUCUGCUCGAUCUGAACAACCAGUGCAAUGGCCUAAACAUCAUCGCCAGGGGUACCUGCAGGGCGCUCGCCGACGUCUACUACGCGGCCGUGCGAGCGUUUGGUGGGAGCGACGCCACUCCGGGCAAGAGGAACGAGGACCUGGAGAAGGAGUACAAUGAGAAGCUGGCAAUCUACAAUGUGCUGCUCGCCGAGGCCAAAAAGGGCAACUACAUUUGAGAACGAAGAAGAUGCGAAGAAGAUGACGAAGAAGAAAAUAGAGUUUCGAACGAGAGACAUGGGGAAAUUAAUGAUUACGACUUUUUUGAGGUUCUGGGCCUUUUUUUU